UGCUCACAGUGUGGAAAGCAUUUUAAUAGACAAAGUCAUCUCAAAGUACAUCAGCGCAUUCACACUGGAGAGAAACCAUAUCAGUGCUCACAGUGUGGAAAAAGUUUUAAUAUACAGAGUAAUCUCAACAAACAUCAGCGCAUUCACACUGGAGAGAAACCGUAUCAGUGCUCACAGGGUGGAAAGAGUUUUAAUACUCAGGGUAAUCUCAAAAUACACCAGCGCAUUCACACUGGAGAGAAACCGUAUCAGUGCUCACAGUGUGGGAAUUGUUUUAAACAUCACAGUGAUCUCAAAAGACACCAGCGCAUUCACACUGGAGAGAAACCAUAUCAGUGCUUACAGUGUGGAAAGCAUUUUAAUAGACAGAGUCAUCUCAAUGUACACAAGCGCAUUCACAGUGGAGAGAAACCAUAUCAGUGCUCACAGUGUGGAAAGAGUUUUAAUAUACAGAGUAAUCUCAAAAAACAUCAGCGUAUUCACACUGGAGAGAAACCAUAUCAGUGCUCACAGGGUGGAAAGAGUUUUAAUGGACAGAGUGAUCUAAAAAAACACCAGCGCAUUCACACUGGAGAGAAACCGUAUCAGUGCUUACAGUGUGAAAAGCAUUUUAAUAGACAGAGUCAUCUCAAUGUACACAAGCGCAUUCACAGUGGAGAGAAACCAUAUCAGUGUUCACGGUGUGGAAAGAGUUUUAAUAUACAGAGUAAUUUUAAAAGACACGAGCGCAUUCACACUGGAGAGAAACCGUAUCAGUGCUCACAGUGUGGAAAGAGUUUUAAUGGACAGAGUGAUUUCAAAACACACCACUGCAUUCACACUAGAGAGAAACCGUAUCAGUGCUCACAGUGUGGAAAAAGUUUUAAUAGAAAAAGUGAUCUCAAAAAACACCAACGCAUUCACACUGGAGAGAAACCGUAUCAGUGCUCACAGUGUGGAAAGAGUUUUAAAAAACAGAGUCAUCUCAAAAAACACCAGCGCAUUCACACUGAAGAGAAACCGUAUCAGUGCUCACAGUGUGGAAAGCAUUUUAAUAGACAGAGUCAUCUCAAAGUACACCAGCGCAUUCAC